UUAUAGAAGAGUUGUGGGGGUGGGGGCAAGAGUACAAACACACCAUUUCAUUAGUUACAUGUGCAUAUUUCACAAAGUCAUGAAAACUGAUACAGUGAAUAACUCGCUUACCUCCAUACUCAUUAUUGCAAAUGUGUAGGCUUGAAUUUUGAGUUAUUACUUUCUGUAUAAUAAACAUAAUUGGUCGGCAUGUUUCUUGUGCGUUGCAGGCCAAAAGAACCUUGAAUAGUAAGAAAUAUGGAGUGGAUCUCAUUUGUUAUACUCAUGCUCCAAAUACAGCAUUACACAGUUCAACCAAAGUCGAUGAUACCAUCAGAUAUUUAUCAUUACAUGACAACAAAUACAUUAGGUAUUUCACUGGGCAUACCAAAAAGGUAGUAACUUUAACGAUGUCUCCUAUUAACGACACAUUCCUCUCUGGCUCACUUGAUAAAACAAUUCGUUUGUGGGAUUUGAAGUCACAAAACUGCCAGGGGUUGAUGCAUUUACCAGGAAGACCAGUAGCAGGGUUUGACCCUGAGGGAUUAAUAUUUUCAGCUGGCAUCAACUCUGAAAGAGUGAAAUUGUAUGACUUGAGAUCGUUUGACAAGGGACCAUUUACCACCUUUAACUUGCCACAAGAAAAAGAUUGUGAAUGGACAGGAAUGAAAUUUAGUCCGGAUGGCAAAUUUAUUGUCAUUUCAACGAAUGGACAAAUUAUUCGCCUCAUCGAUGCUUUUCAUGGAACUCCAGUUCAUUCAUUUACAGGUUUUACAAAUAGUCGGCAGAUCCCACUGGAGGCAUCAUUUACACCCGAUUCACAGUUUGUCAUCUCAGGGUCAUCUGAUGGCAAGAUGCACUGUUGGAGUACAAUCUCUGGUAGCAAAAUAGCCAUGUUGGGAUGUGACCAUCCAGGACCUGUCCAAUGUGUGCAGUUUAACCCACGCUUCAUGAUGCUAGCCACAGCCUGCACUAAUAUGGCAUUUUGGCUUCCAUACAUGGAUGAGUAGUGCUGAACCCAUUUCAUUUGCCAUCAACUAACCUGAAUUCAUACUUAAAUUUAGUCACAUUUUGUACAUUUCUUCUGUUCAUCUUGUACUAUACACAUCCUCCUCACAGCAUUGUGCAUGUAUGGGAGUUCUUGUACUCAUUACUUCUGUCACUGUUUCUUUAUUAUAUGUGAAGACAUAUUUUGGCAGCAUAUUUUUUUGUGUGUUGACUUUUUCACCGGAAAAAAAAUUCCUCUUUCGAAACCACCAAGCCUUUGAGCAAAAUAUUGUACAUGGACUAUAUUUCUGUUUCUUUAUCAAGAGGCUAUCACAAGUAAUUAUCAGUAAUGUGUGUUAACCAUAAAUGAAGUAAGAUAUGUUGAAAGCAUGGGAGCAUAACAGAAUUUUGUUCUUGCCAAUUUCUGUUAGAUUCAAAAGUACUUUUUGAGUGCGCCCAGUGUGUUAACAACAUAGUUCUGACCUUGCACAAUAACCUACACAUUACUGACCUGACUGUCAGAGUUCAUAUUAAAUGCAGUCGUAAGCUAAGUUGAUUGUUACUUCCAUGUCCACAUUUGUAAUAAAAAUGUGUUGCCAUACUAGGCAUUUCUAGUCAACUUAGCAUAGGUUUGUUUUGUGGAAAAAGCUUAUGAGUGUGUCCACUGGAUUGCCCAGGUAGUUGUGCGCAUAUAGUGGAAUCAAUUUGUGAAGCAGCUGGCCUUAUGGUCAACCUUUUCUUAACGUCAAGACUUCUGUUAGGCUAAUUCCUCAAAAAUUGCCGAAUAUACACCGUUGUAGUUUGGUGCAGUCAGUUAUGUUAGAUGCAAGGGAACUUCAUUGAAGUGAGUAAAGGUGGAGAGAAGGCAACAUGUUGCAGGAAAUUGAGAGAAGUGUAACGUUUUACAUUUAUGAUUAUAUAUCGUCCAAGAAGGAAGGUUUUUAUUUUUGGAAAUUGCUUUUUCAGAUCUGCAAAAGUAGAUCAUCCAUUUUUAAUUGUGUGUUUUUUUUUGUAUAAACAAAGCCUGUUUGAAUUACUUAUAAACACCUCUGUUUACUAGUUCACGCUGGUAUGGUGAGAAAGUUGUAUCAUAUGUGUAUAUACGUUUGUCUUGUAAAUCAUCUGAGGAUUAUCCUGAUAGUAUUGUGUUUCUGCAUGAAUAAGAGUGUAAUAUUUCAGUUUUUGUCAGAUAUGUUGUUUUAUAUCGGAAGAUACUUCCCAUACAUCUCCUGAAUGGCCACUCUUUGGUAGCAGGAACCUGCCACAUUGUAAUGGUUUGUUUCUCAUCAGCAGUUUGACAUAAAAUACAUCUGUUUUCAUUGUGUAAAAUUGUAUGUUCAAAAGUUUUACAGGUAGACAAGCCAUAUUAAUAUGAGGCUGAUCAAAUUGACAUUUAGUUAAGAUGCUAGAUAUAACAGGAAAUAUCCAAACUGUUUUCAUAGAAACAUAUCUGUUUACCAUGAAUAAAUUUUUACAUAA